GGUUUUGCGGGCAAUCAAAAGCACCAACUUCGAGAUUUUGCAAUCCCUGCAAUAAUUAAUCCAAAAUGGCUUCCGUCUACAAGACAGUAUCCAAAAAGAGGUCCCGCGAACUUGCGAAACAACAAGAAGAUGAUGAUGAAGAUGUUAUGAUGGAGGAAAUGCUCAAUGAUGCCGACGAUACGAGCGAUAGUGAAGAAGAUGAGGAGGAAAAUACCGCCGAUUCAGCAAAGAAGCAGCUCUCCGCUGGGCUCAUGCCUAAGACCCGUGUACUUAUGCUCACCUCGCGAGGUGUCACAUCUCGUCACCGACAUCUUCUCUCCGAUCUCACCUCAUUACUUCCCCACUCCCACAAGGAAAGCAAGUUGGAUUCGAGAAAGAAGGCUGCUGGCUACAACCUACUUCUAAACUCUCUCGCCGACUUACACUCCUGCAACGUGAUUUUCUUCCUCGAGGCCAAGAAGAAUGGACAAGAUUUAUACCUGUGGCUUUCACGACCGCCGAACGGGCCUACGAUCAAGUUCCAUGUCAAUAACUUGCACACCAUGGCGGAGUUGAACACUGGAUUUGCUGGUAACUGCCUGAAGGGUGGUCGCGGGAUUGUCGUUUUCGACCAGUCGUUUGACGAGCAAGGCCCCGUCAUGAGCCAGCCUGGAAACGAGUACCGGGGACUGAUCAGGGAGAUGCUCCGUGGCGUGUUCUGUGUACCAAAGCGCGGUGUCAAGGGAAUGAAGCCCUUCAUCGACCGUGUCAUUGGAAUCUACGGUGUCGACGGCAAAAUCUGGAUCCGCGUUUUCGAAAUCAGAGAGUCAGAAGGUGGAGGCAAGAAGAAGGAUGGUGAGGAAGAAGCUGCAAAGCCUGUUCACAACCCCAAGGAUGGUCCCGAACUUUCUCUUGUUGAGAUUGGGCCUCGGUUCGUCCUCACACCUAUUGUUAUCCUGGAAGGUAGCUUCGGUGGCCCUGUUAUCUACGAGAACAAGGAGUACGUGAGCCCCAACCAGGUCCGUCGUGAUAUUCGGGUUAGCAAGGCCGCGCGGUACGCCAAGCGGAGGGACGUACAAACUGAGCGACUAUCCAAGCGGUCAGAUUUGGAGAUGGGAGUGGCUUGGGCGCCCAAGCUCCUCCUCAACCUUGGAACACUCUCAACCAUCAUGGCAUCGCUCUUUUUAUCCAGCCCUUUGUGGCUAAAGGGAGUCCAGUCCCAUAAUUUUGAGAUGAUUCUCAACACUUCAGUCAUGCCCAAGUUUCUUACCUUCUCAGACAGCCCCAAGGGCGGGGAUACAGACACUAUGCGCUUCAACUAUCUUGCCACGGAGCUCCUCCUGCAUAUAUUUCGCUCCUGCGAUACCAUAUCCGACGUCAUGAACCUCGCAGCAGCGUCACGCCGAUUUCGCGACGUCUUCAAUCGAUCGAACAAGCUACAAAUCCUCAUUGAGGUUGCGGAGGUGGAGUUCGGCCCUGUCGAUGAUAUCGUCCAGGUAGCGACACACAAUACAAGCCAACCACCACAUCUUCAUCGAACGGCACCGCUUACAGCAUCUCUCCUCAAACAAGUUGUUGAGAUUGGUAGAGCCGCUCAGAAAUGGGAGAUAAUAUAUCCUAUCAAGAAAUGGAAGAUGGAUUUCGAGAACCGACGUUCGCUCAGCAACGAGGAGCGAUUCCGCCUGCGCCGCGCUAUCUACCGACUAUGGCUGUACCACCGCGCGUUUCAUACGCGUGAGCACGAUCGAUAUAGCCGCAGUUUGCGGAAUACCGUCGCCGAGCGCGCACAGCUCCUCCACAACUGGACCACGCCAGACCUAGCCGAGAUUGAGGACAUACGCCUAGUCAUUACCGAUAUCGUCCAAAACCACAUUUGUCCGAGCAAUGGGACUAUCCAACGAAAGUUCCGAAAACACUACCCUGAGAGCAACCAGCAACUUACCUUCAACGUCCACCUAAACUACCCUAUGCAUAACACCUCGACACCGUACGGGUUCUAUGACCCGAAUUCCGAACCUACAGACCGUCACUUUUACACCACCCACCCAACCACGGCCUAUAAUUCUUCUGCCAAAUACCGCUCGCGCUUUCGGAAUGAUAUAUUCCAUGAGCCUGGCUCGGAGGGGUGGGGAGAUGAAAUCCCACACUACUACGUCGUGCAAGACAUGAUGAAACUUGACCCGGGGCAGGUCCUCUGGCUACGGGAACAUUGUCCGUUGAAAGAGCAGGUUGAAACCUUUGUGCUCUCUCUAGGGGACUGGUUCCGAAAUAACGGUGAGACGUUUGGUGAUACUCUUGAAUGGGUGAUGAAGGAGAGAGGCGAUGAGAUGGAGGAACUCCGAACCGCGAUUUCGGAGCGGGAAUUAGGGAUCGCGUGGGAUUAG